AGUUUUCUGUAAGCAGUGAAAACACUAUUUUGGCAUUGUUUGCGGGGUUAAACCUAAAAAUCACAUUAAUACACCUAUUGCACGAUAUUGUGAAACUAGCUGACGAAGACAGCUCGGGCGGCGAUUGUUCGACUGGGGGCUGCUCUGUCAGUAUCUAACAAACGCAUUUAGUUGGCGUACAACUUUUAAAAACCGAAUGUCAGUAUGGUAUUUCUCACAUAAUUGGUUAUCGCAAAAACAGAGUAAACUGAAAGCGAGUAAUCUCGACUCAAACCUAUAGUUUAUAGCCUACUUACGUUACUACACUCGUCACUAGGCUUCCUAUAUUAUUGUUUGUGGACGGUUUACUACUCAGUGAUAAGCCUGCGCCGCAAAAAGAGGGUCUCGCCUUUUAUUAUUAGUAUAAUGACUUCCUCAUGUGCGGCAGGUUAGUUUGCUUCUAAAAACACUGUUUUCCGUUCCAAAAAAUACAAAAGUAAUUUUCUACCAGAUGACCAUGGUUCUUUUCACCGAGACUAGAUAAUUUCUCUCGGUGUAAGGAUAUAGCUAUGGAUAAGUUCAUACAAGGUCAAUAAAUCCGCGGUCACUUCGGGUCACACUGUUGAGAAAAUAAACCGAUGGGUUUGUUUAGUAGCAAAUCGAGCGUGAAUCAACUGAGUUUGUACUGAAAAAUUUUUGAGUGAUAUGUAUGAACUGUCUUCACACAUUCGGUUUAUAAUUAGCGAUACACAGGUACAGUGGCAAGUGUUGUACUUCACAGACUGUUUACCUCCGAACUACCUCCGCACGAAAUCCCCGAUUUGGGUACUUGUUAAAAGAAAAAGAAAUAGUACCUGUGCGCAUGCCAGUAAAAAAAACCUAAGAGUUCGCGCAUAAAAAUGCCCGAACGUACCAGGCGCCAGGUCAUCCAGUAAAUUAGGUGUGCAGUAAGAACAGAUUUGAUAUCGGGUAAAUUAGGUGUGCAGUAAGUGCAGAUUUAAUAUCCAGUAAGUUAGGUGUGCAGUAAGUACAGAUUUGAUAUCGGGUAAAUUAGGGGUACAGUAAGUACAGAUUUGAUAUCAGGUAAAUCAGGUGUACAAUAAGAACAGAUUUAAUAUCAGGUAAAUUAGGUGUACAAUAAGAACAGAUUUAAUAUCAGGUAAAUUAGGUGUACACUAAGACUAAGAACAGAUUUAAUAGGUAAAUUAGGUGUACAGUAAGAACAGAUUUAAUAUCAGGUAAAUUAGGUGUAUAGUUAGUACAGAUUUUAUAUCAUGUAAAUUAUGAGUACAGAUUUAGUAUCAAGUAUAUUAAGUAUACAGUAAGUACAGAUUUAAUAUCAGCUAAGUUAGGUGUACAGUAAGUACAGAUUGAUAUCAGGUAAAUUAGGUGUGCAAUAAGUACAGAUUUAGUAUCAGGUAUAUUAAGUAUACAGUAUAAGUACUGAUUUAAUAUCAGGUAAAUUAGGUGUACAGUAAGUACAGAUUGAUAUCAGGUCAAUUAGGUGUAAAAUAGAGAGAGAGAGAAAUGGGGUUUAACGUCCACUUGACACAGACUAGGUCAUUUCGGGACUAACAUAUGGUUUAAUUUUAUUUCAAUAAUUCGCUUGCACAUAGGGGUCUUUAGCAGUGGGAGGAAACCGGAGGACCCGGAGAAAACCCACAAGGUUGGACAGGCAACCCUACUCCUUGUCACGUACAACAGGGGAGAUUCGAAACCACGCCAGUUGACUCAAUGACAGGCCUUAUGAUACAGCGCACGCACGUGCUAACGCUAACCAUUCGGCCAUUCAAACCCCCCAGGUGUAAAAUAAGUGCAGAUUUAAUAUCGGGUAUAUUAUUAAGUGUACAGUAAUAACAUUAAAAUAUAAUUUAAUAUCAAGUGAUUUAAGUGGGCAGUAAGUAAAGAUUAAUGGUAAACAUUGAAUAAAUUAGUUAAUUUUUGGACCAUUUAUUAAAGAACAAUAUAUUUGAUAUAACUCUCAUGUCGUAGGCUAUGGUUAUGAUUAUGUUGUAAUUUGUAGGGUAGAUAAAGAAGAUGAAAUGGAGUGUUUAAUAACUGGCUGUAAUUUUUUACUGAAGAAUAUACCUGAUGAAGCCUUUAUAUAUCAACGUCAUGGAAACCCAGAAUAUAAGUUUCAAGGUGUCAAUCAUAAUAUAUUUCCUUAUUUAUUAGUAAAUAUAGGAUCAGGCGUUAGUUUAAUUAAGGUAGAAUCAGAAAAUAAAUAUGAAAGAAUAGGUGGUACAUCGACUGGUGGAGGUACUUUUUGGGGUUUAGGCUCUCUUUUAACAAAGGCAAAGAGCUUUGAUGAAUUAGUAGAGUUAGCAGAGCAAGGUGAUCAUAGAUCAGUAGAUAUGUUAGUUAAAGAUAUAUAUGGUGGUGCUUAUGCUACUAUUGGUUUACCAGGUGAUAUUAUAGCCAGUAGUUUCGCAAAGGCUGCCAGAUCUACAAAAGACAAAAAUAAAUCUAAUUUUAAAGAUGAAGAUGUAGCUAAAAGUUUAUUAUUAUCUAUUAGUAAUGAUAUUGGACAGAUAGCUUACUUACAAGCUAAGAUACACAACCUUAAAAAGAUAUAUUUUGGUGGUUAUUUUAUAAGGGGACAUCCCAUGACAAUGCAUACCAUAACAUAUGCCAUCAACUUUUGGUCCAAGGGUGAAAUACAAGCUUUAUUUUUACGACAUGAAGGAUAUUUAGGUGCUAUAGGAGCUUUUCUUAAAGGUGCUAAUGAUUCAAAAGAUGAUCAGUCUUUUGUAUGGGGAGAACAUUUUGCUGGUAGCUCUGGAUUAGCUAGUCCAAAAUGUUCAGGAUUUUUGGGUAAAACAAGAAGUUCCACAUUUGAUAUGUUGGAACUCAAUCGUCUGGAUAAACCGUUACUACCUUGUCCUUUAUUACUGGAUGCCCAGAACUACCUACCAGAUACAGUAGAUUUAACUCAGGAUGAGGAGGCUAGAGAAUAUUGGUUACAAUGUUUUACUAAUGGUGUUGAUAAGACCAGACAGCAAGCUAUUAAAAGUCAGCCCCAGUCAUCAGAUGCAGAGAAACGAGCUGAAAAAUUUGUUAUCCGAUAUUUAGAUAGAUUAAAAGUUCUUAAAGAAAAUCCUUGUUGUUAUGGUUCUCUAACAGUAAGAAGUUUAUUAGAUACCAGUAGUCAAUAUUUAUCAGAAUUACAUUUUACAGAUCCGUAUUCUCAGCAAAAACAGUUUGAAAAUGAACAGGCAGUAAAAUUAUUGUCAAGUCAUUUGAGAGAAUUAGAGAAGUUAGAAUGGCCUGAUAGACAGUUAGAAUUAGCUCAAGGUAUAUUAGCUGGUAAUAUGUUUGAUUGGGGUGCUAAAGAAGUCUGUAAACUCAUGGAAUCACCAGGUUUUGGUUUUAAAGAGGCAAGAUCGCGUCUGCAAGCUCGUCCCUGGUUAUUUGAUGAUUUUGAUGAAUGGUGUAUCAGGUUAAAAACUCAACCAGUUCACAAGUGUGCUGUUAUAUUUUGUGAUAAUAGUGGGGCUGAUAUAAUAUUAGGUAUAUUUCCACUAGCACAAGAACUUCUAGCUAACGGAACAAAAGUUAUUUUAUGUGUAAAUUCACGUCCAGCAUUAAAUGAUGUUAUAUUUAGUGAAUUAUUAAUAUUAGUAAAGAAAGUAGCUGCUAUAAGUAGUGAGAUUAAUUCAGCAUUAAAUGAGGGUCGUUUACAGGUAAUGGAGAAUGGACAGGGUUCACCUUGUUUAGAUCUCAGGUUAAUUGACAAUGAUCUUGUGAAUAUGAUGGUGAAAGAGAAGGCAGAUCUUAUCAUAUUAGAGGGUAUGGGUAGAGCUGUUCAUACAAACUUUCAUGCUCGGUUUACUUGUGAUGUUCUCAAGGUAGCUGUAAUAAAAAAUAAAUGGUUAGCCAAUAGACUUGGCGGAGACAUGUUUAACGUUAUGUUUAAAUUUGAAAAAGCAAGACAGGUAUCGCUAGUAACCAAACAAUGACAAGACAGGUAUACCUAGCAACCAAAUCAAACAAUGAUAAGAGUUAAUAGAUUAAUACAGUAGUAAUAAUAUUUAUUAUUGAUAUUUAUGUGAUAUGAAAUACCAGUGUAUAUUUUUAUAUGCCCACAUUUUCAUGUGGAUGUAUUAUGCCGUCGCGGUCUGUCCGUCUGUGUGUCCGUCCACAUUUGUUUGUGGACACACUAAAUGUCACAAUUGAUCUGAUUUUGAUGAAACUUGAAAGAUAGGUUUAUAUCCCGAAUAUCUAGGUUCGUUUCGAUAUUGGCAUGUAUCGGAUCGCAACUUCAUGGGUUCUGGCCCCUGAUUGUACGAAAAAUUACAUUUUUAUCUUGUGGACACAUUAGAGCUCACAAUUUGUAUCCGGAUAUGAUGAAACUUAAAUUAUAUGUUUAUAACCUAAAGAUCUUGGUUCCUACUAAUAUUGGUGCAUAUCGGACAGUAACUUCCUGGAUUAUGGCUGCUGAUUGUACGAAAAAAUUGCAUUUUUAGCUUGUAGACCCUCUAGAGGUCAUAAUUUUUAUGCGAUUUUAAAAAACUGUUCAAAUAUAUCACUGUUUUACCAUAAUGAUGGUUGAGUACGAAUUUCGUGAAAAUCGGACAGAAACUGUCCAAAAAAUGGCUGCUCCCCAUGACCUCUAGAGGUCACAAUUUUUUUACACCCAUAUUUUCAUGUGGACAGAUAUUGUCGUCGCCCCUGUCCGUCAUGACAUCCGUCUGUCCAUCCACAAUUGUUUGUGGACACUCUACAGGUCACAAUUCUUAUCCGAUUUUAACGAAAUUUGAAAUAUAGGAUUAUCUCCAUAAGACCUCGGUUGCUUUCGAUAUUGGCAUGUAUCGGAUCGAAACUUCAUUGAUUAUGGCCCCUGAUUGUACGAAAAAUCACGUUUUUAGCUUAUGGACACUCUAGAGGUCACAAUUUUCAUCUGGUUUAGAUGAAACUUGAAAUGCAUGUUUAUAACCCAAACAUCCUGGUUCCUUUCGAUAUUUGCGCAUAUUGGAUCAUAACUUCCUGAAUUAUGGCCCCUGAUUUUACGGAAAAUCCCAUUUUUAGCUUGUGGUCCCUCAAGAGGUCACAAUUAUUAUCCGAUUUAAAAAAACAUUUGAAUAUAUCACCGUUACACCCUAAUGAUGGUUAAGUUCAAAUUUAUUGAAAAUCGGACCAAAACUGCUGGACAAAAUGGCUGCCCCUCGUACGCUAAUGGUGUAAAAAUAUGGUAUAUCAAGGUUGUGGACCCUCUAGAGGUCACAAUUUUAAUCCUAUUUUGAUGAAACUUGAAAUACAUGUUUAUAACCCAUAGAUCUUGGUUCCUUUUAUAUUCACGCAGAUCGAAUCGCAACUUCCUGAAUUAUGGGCCUUGAUUGUAUGAAAAAUCGCGUUUUAAGCUUGUGGUCCUGCUAGGGGUAACAAUUUUUAUCCAUUUUAAAAAAAUCGUUUGAAUAUAUCACUGUUACACCCUAAUGAUGGUUGAGUUCGAAUUUCAUGAAAAUUGGACCGAAACUGCCGGACAAAAUGGCUGCUUCUCGUACGCUAAUAGUGUAAAAAUAUGGUAUAUCAAAGUUGUGGACUCUCUAGAGGUCACAAUUUUCAACUGAUUUUGAUGAAACUUGAAAUGCAUAUUUAUAACCCAAAGAUAUUUGUUUCUUUCGCUAUUCGCGCAUAUCGGAUCGUAACUUCCGGAAUUAUGGCCCCUGAUUUUACGAAAAAUCGCUUUUUUAGCUUAUGGUUCCUCUAGAGGUCACAAUUAUUAUCUGAUUUAAAAAAACGUUCGAAUAUAUCACCAUAACACUGUAAUGAUGGUUGAGUUCAAAUUUUGGGAAAAUCAGACCAAACUGCCAAACAAAAUGACCGCUCCCACUGGUAUAUCAAGGUUGUGGACCCUCUAGGGGUCACAAUUUUGAUCCAAUUUUGAUGAAACUUUAAAUACAUGUUUAUAACCCACAGAUCUUGGUUCCUGUCGAUAUUUGCGCAUAUCGGAUCGUAACUUUCUGAAUUAUGACCCCUGAUUGUACAAAAAAUCGUUUUUGUUUAUAGCUUGUUCUCUAUCCAUCUCUUGCAAAAUGUGGGCGUAUCCUGUCUGGCAGCCGCUGGUUAUCCAAUUUUUAUGAAACUUAAAAUGUAUGUUUAUAUCACAAAUAUCUUGAUUCCUUUUGAUAUUAGCGCAUAUCAGACCACUUUUUCAGCUCAUCCUCUGUCCAUCUCAUGCAUAAAUGUGGGCGUAUCUUGCAUAGCAACUGCUUGUUAAAUAUUAGAUUGUAUGAUUUUAUCAAAUAGUAUAACUGUGAUGUGAAAUUGUUUAAUUUAAUGCUGAAAGUGUAAUUAACUAUCAAAUUCAGAAUCACUCAUAUCAGUGUUCCUUAAAUAUUAAAAAAAAAAAAAGAAGCUGAUUUUGAUUUUAAGUGUAUUUUUAAAAGAUUAAGUCUGUAUUUCUCUCAGUAUUUUUUGUACACCACCAUAUUUGUUCUUCCAUUUUAUUGUUUAGAAAGUAAAUAAAUUUAUUAAUGUAUCAAA